UUGAGAAAUUAUCCUUCUUGAUAUACUUGAAUCUCUCUCACAAUCACUUUGAAGGACAAGUGCCAACGAAAGGAGUUUUCAGUAAUGCAACAGCAAUUGCACUAACUGGUAAUGAUAGGCUUUGUGGGGGAAUUGCUGAAUUGAAUCUGCCAAUAUGCCACUUUAACGAGCCCAAGAAAUAAAAAGGAACUGUUCCACUCAAACUAAUCUUGAUUGUUUGUGGGGUUCUUGGAAUUCUUUUGCUAUCAUCACUCAUUUUCUGUUGGUUGAGGAAAAGAGGAGUAAUAAAAGCAGAGCCUUCAUAGGCUUCCGCGUGGGAAAUUCAAUUUUGAUGGUUUCUUUUCAGGAACUCCUCAAAGCUACCGAUGGAUUCGCUUCAGCCAACUUAAUUGGCGAAGGAUGCUUUGGGCGCGUUUACCGAGGAAUUUUAGAUCAAAACCAGGAGCGAAAUGUAAUUGCGGUGAAGGUGAUGAAUCUACUAGAACAAGGUGGUUCCAAGAGCUUCCUCAAAGAAUGUAAAACAUUGAGAAAUGUCAGGCAUCGUAAUCUUGUCAGGAUAAUAUCUGCUUGCUCUGGUAUUGAUUUUCAAGGCAAUCCUUUCAAAGCCCUUAUGUAUGAGUUCAUGCCCAAUGGAAGUUUAGAAGGAUGGUUGCAUGCAACAAAAGAAGCAAAUACCAUUGAACAUGGAGAACCAAAGAUCUUAAACUUUCCUCAAAGACUAAACAUUGCAAUUGAUGUGGCCUCAGCACUUGAUUACCUCCAUCAUCACUGCGAGGUGCCUGUAGUUCAUUGUGAUUUGAAGCCAAGUAACAUUCUGCUUGACCAUGACAUGGUUGCUCAUGUAGGAGACUUCGGACUAGCCAGGUUUUCCCCAAAAUCCAUCAACAAUUCUUGUGGAAAUUCUACAAGCACUCUUGGUCUAAAGGGAACCGUAAGUUAUGCUGCACCAGUUAAAUUAAUAUAUCUACUUAUAAUAACCCUGAGCCAAAGUGGGAUAGAAGCUGGAAAACUAAUGCUCUUAAUCUUAAAAUGUAAAUCUUUCAUAACGAUUUGUUGGGCAGCAAGAUUUAAAUUGGUAAUAAUUCCUAUUUUUGGGCAGAGUAUGGCAUUGGAACAGUGGCAACAACAAGCAAGGACAUGUACAGCUUUGGAAUACACCUGCAGGAAAUGUUCACAGCAGCAGAAAUCCAAGGAGAGCAAACAUGGAAGAAACCAAAAAGAAAGAGUACCUGAUUUCCAUCUUGGGAGUUGGAAUUGCUUGUUCCGUUGAAUCACUCAAAGAUCGCAUGGACAGUGUCAAUGCGUCCAAGCUACUGCAUUCUAUCAGGGACAAAUUUCUAGGGACCGGAAUCCGGACACAGAGAAACACGUAUUUAGA